ACCGCUGGGCACUGACUGGUGGCACUGACUGGCAGAACUGCUGGGCUGCACUGAUGGGCACUGGUGGGCACAGGUGGGUGGCACUUCUGGGCACAGGUAGGUGGCAUUUCUGGGCACAGGUUUGUGGUACUGCUAGGUGGUACUGGUGGGCACUGCUGGGAACAGGUGUGUGCACUGCUGGGCACAGGUGGGUGCACUGUUGGGCACAGGUGGGCGUCACUGGUGGGUGGCACUGCUGGGUACCGAUCACGGUGCCGAUCCCUGCUCUGACAACUGCCGCCGAGAACCGGCAAUUGCAUUUCCCGGUGAUCAGCAUGUCAUUGGACGCGGCUGAUCACGUGGUAAAAGGCCGCAGU